AAAUAAGCCAAAUAGACAAUUCAAAGAUAUUAUUGAUGCUGCAAUGGAGGCGAGUAGUAGGCUCAACUCAAGAAAGGGAAGAGUGAAACGGAUUAUUCCUAUGUCUCGAAUGCAAGUUGGGAGUUAUGAAUGUGGUUAUUAUGCGGUGUUGCAUAUGUUGAAUAUUGUUUCGGCGAUAAUUCUUGAAAUGUGGGAUGAGCGAUUCGCCAAUCUUGAACCAUUCUCAUCAGAAGAGAUUGAUGAAGUACGAACUUGUUGGGCAUCAUAUUUCUUAGAAAUGACGCAAUCCAUCAACGAC